AUGGCUGACCAUCGGCGCGGCCGCUUGGCACUUUGCGCGCUGGCAUUGCUUUGCGUGUGGCCCCACACUUUCCUCGCACCUGGGACAUCCAAUGAGGGUGGGUUGCCUCGCCGGGGCGCUCUCUUUGCCACCUCGGCACUGCUGGCGGCACCGACUGAGCCUGCGCGUGCGGAGGUCGGUUGGCAGAUCAAGCUCCCCAAGACUUGGCGCGCCUUCGAGCAGAAUGAGAUGCCACCGCCAGGGGUCAAGAAGUCCACUGCCCUGGUCGUAGCCGGAAAUCCCGAACAAGGCGGUGAGCUCGUGGUCCUGCGCGUGCCACUCUCCACGGACCCGAACGAUCCCAACUCGAAGGGGACCAAGGAUCUGAUCAACUACUUCAGUCAGUAUGAGGGGAAGCCAUCAGUGCCUAUCAAGAAGGCGGUGGACGUCGUUGCCUCCUCGCAAAAGACGGGAAGGGGCAUGGUGAAGUUCAGCGAGUUGGGCUCGCCGUCUGACAAAGUGUUUCGCAAACGCCGCUACGUGACCUACGACUACGAAGCCAGCAUUUGCCCCGGGGUCGUGACCCAAGGCGUCGGCGGCACCUCGUGCACCGAGCCGCAGGACAGCUCAGAGAUUCCUCUCUUCGAGCGCCGCCACCGCAUCGUCAUUACAGUGACCGAUGAGGGCGCUGCCAAAGCGGGCGAGAAGGAUCCCACGAACUGGCUGUGGCUCCUUGAUAUCUCGGGCCCUGCGGCUGAGAGCCGCAACGACUGGGGCCAGCUGAAGGAGGCCGUCACAGAGGUGGCAGACUCCUUCUUGUUGUCCUCCGAUGAGAAGGUUUUGGAGGAUGCUCGGACAUCGGAGUUGACCCCAGAGCAGAUGGAUGAGUUCAAAAAGCUGCAAGCCGAGGGGAAGCUGCCUGAGGUCCGCGCAUAG